AUGCAGGAUUUGAGACGAUACAGAGUUCAUGCAGGUGGUAGAAGAGGAAGAGGUCAAAGAAGGAACAUGAAAGGUCAGUUCACGAAAGUGAAUCAAAGAGAUGAUAAUUGCUCUGAUGUUUCAAAGAUUCCAAAGAAAGAGGUCAGAACACAAUCUAACAAAGAUAUGAUUGAGAAUAAUGCAAAUUGUAAGGAAGUCCCAGUGGCUCAUCAGUUGAACAGUUUUGGUAAAUCAAUUACAGUAGGCAAAGUUGAAGAAGAGUUGACAAACAGAAAUGUAGAUCACCAUCUAUACAUACAUUCUAAUGAGGGUGCAUGUGCAACAGAUGAAAUUUGUAAACAUAUGUCUAGUAAAGAAACCAUGAACAUUCCAGAUAGAGUAAGCCAAGUUGAAUUACAGAUCGAUCUUGAAGAAAAUGAGAGUGCUAGUGAUAUCGACAUUGACACACCUAUCAAACGCAAUCGUGGGAGAAAUUGUAUAGAAUCUGAUUCAGACACAAAUGUUGAAGAUGACAUCAUACUGAUCAGUUCAUUUGAAAGUGAAAGGUCAUGUCAGUGUAUUGAUACACAGCAUGUACGUGAUGAAACAUGUCACGAUGAAAUUGUCCCAGAUGCAGGAUUGAAUGAAAAUACAGACAAUGCAAUUUUGAGUGCAGAGGAUGAGUCUACUGACGAUUGUUUUGCGCAAAAUUCCUUGGAAUCUCAUAUGAAAGCAGCAAUUGAUCAGGAAAGAAAAGAAGAUGAUAUGCAUCUUUCUUUCAAUGAAUCAAGAGACGAAGUAGAGUUUGUAUCAGAUCUUGGAAUGUGUGAUAGGCCAGACAAAUCUUUUAAAUUUUUACCUCUUGAGAUAACUGACAAACAAGCCAUUUGUAAAAAAUUGAAUAUUCCCUAUACAGACACAAGCUUCCAUGCAAGGUCCAAUAGCAAUGAGUGCAUCGGAAUUCCUUCACACAUUAAAACAAUAGCUGAUGAUGGAAACUGUUUCUUUCGUGCAAUUUCAUAUGCUAUUUCUGGAACUGAAUCUUAUCAUGUAAUUCUAAGGAAUCUUACUGUGAACCAUUUAUUACAGACCAAUGAUAAGUUUAAGAGUACAUUGAGAAGUGAGUUCAGAACUGUCAGAGAAUAUGUUUUGAAAAAUAGAAUAAUGGAAAAUGGAACUUGGGCUACAGACACUGAAAUGAGUGCAUUGGCAAAUUUGAUUGAUACCGAUAUCUAUUCUUACAAUGAUCAAGUACCAUGUUGGCAGUUGUACUCUGCAAGGAAACCGGGAAGAAUAAAUGUUGUUACAUCUCAUAAAGGCAUUUAUAUACAAUACACAAGAAAUGUUCAUUUUCAUGUAGUUGAAUCCGUUACUUCUGUCAGUAGUGAUUCAUCAAAGAACAUAGCAACAAUGAAAGAUAUAAGCACAACAGUAAAUAUGCAAAUAAAACCAGUUGCACAAGGAACAUUUCAUCAAGGUGAUACGAGAUUUGGUGAUUCAGCAGGAAAGCAAUGUGUUGCCAAUUCAUUGUCUGCUUUGUUGUAUAGCAAAAUGAAAAAUGCUAAUGAUUGGGACAAUAAAGAUUUAGAUAAAAUUCUGGCCAAUGGUGAUGAACUCUAUCGUUACAUAAGGUAUUAUGUAGCACGUGAACAAGAAUAUCUAUUAAUUUCUGAUCUACUUGAACACUUAGAGGCAUAUGAUGAGUUGUUUGAGAUAAAGCAACAUGAAUCAAUACCUGGAUUGUUAGAAGGAGAUGAAACAAAAUUGGAAGAAUCUAUUUCAAUGCCGUUGAAACAGGCACUUGAACAAGAAUUGAGUAGUGACUCUGAUGCAUGUUUUGUGACAUUUUCUGGAAAUACUUUUAUUGUCAUAUCUAGUUAUGAUUGUUUCUUUAUAUUUGAUUCACAUUCAAGAAACACAAGAGGCUUACUUGUUGAUGAUGGCUAUAGUGUAGUACUUCAAACUCCAAGUUGGCAAGGUGUUUAUAAUCAUUGCAUGAGGCUGGCAAAAACAUUGAAAUGUUCUUCACAAACUGAAUAUGAGGAAGUGAGGAAUAUCAUCUUAUCAUUAGGCAAGCUAUCCUUACACAUCUCAUGGAAAAUGAAGAUAGUUCUGGGCUCCUGGCUGAGGGACUCUCUUCUACUGUAAUCCAGAGAGUCAAAGAUGGUCAACCUUUGCUGAGGGAAGUGAAUCUCAUUUCCCAGGUCUCCCUUCCCAGGCCCCACGAGGUUUCCACGAGGUUUCCAUUAUCAGUGCAUCCAAGUUCGUAAAAGUGUUGACAUAGAAGUUAUCUUUCAUUGGAAAGUAAAGGGACAACAUAUCUCCAGCAUAACAGUGAAAAGGGGACUUAAAGAUGACCAGUCAACCUUUGUCUGAAAAGGAAGGUGAAUCUCUUAUCCCAGGCACCAAGAAGUUUUGAUCAUGGAAUCCUGCUUCAUAUUAGACCUACCUCAUGAUUCCUUAACACUCACGAACAGGACUAUGGGAAUUAGACUUAUUACAUUCUAAGGUUCCAUCAUGGGUUCCUGCUUCAUAAGACCAGGGUUGGCAUAUUUCCUGCUUCUGAGGCUUAUUUCCCGGACGCCGGGAAAUAUAGUUUGAUGCGAGCUUUUUGCGUUACACAUUUAACACAAAAAAUCUUGAAGGGGAGGGAGGCAGAAACAGUCUCCCCCCCCCAUAUUAUAAUUUAUUUAAUUCUCUAAACUUCAUAAUAAAGUGUAUUGUUUUUGUCCCACCUGCGAAGCAGAGUGAGACUAUAGGCGCCGCUUUUCCGACGCGGCGGCGUCAACAUCAAAUCCUAACCUGAGG